CUAUUUUGCUGGGAUUUUUUAACUAAGCUUUUCACCGUUGUUAAUACUUAUUCAUUUAUCAUUAACUUCAAGAUAUUUUUAUUAAAUAAACUAAAUUAAUCUUGUUUUAAAAGUCGUGUAUGAAAUUGAUUGUUCAAUAUAUCAAUAUUAUAAAAAUAAUAUGCUAGCAAUUGGAUUGUUAUUAAAAAAAUGUAAAUUGAACUGCCUAAUCAUUUUUCAGUUUUUUAUUUGUUUUAAAUUUAAAAUUAAAUAAAUUUAAAUUUUGAGUAAUUUUUUAUUGAAAAUAAAAAAUAAAUUAAUGUUGAAUAAAGUAUAAUUAUAAUUUAAAAUGGCUGAGGCUGGGUCCACGAAGCAAACAUAUGAAUAUUUAAGGAAUGAACUUCAAGUGUGCAAGCGCAGGCUGGAAAGUAAGUGUGAGGCAGUUAUGAUACUAAGCAGAGACUUGGAUGAGUCCAGACAACAAAGAGAUCAACUUAAAUUGAUGGCUGACCAAUUGCAGAAUAGGUACCAAAUGAUAAGGAGGCAACUGGCGGGAGCAAAGUUUUCCUCAAGCCAGUUUCUCGAAGAUCAUUCAGACAUCAAACAGCAUAAUGUAGUGGAAUUGCUGGGUGAAGUUAAGGACGAAAACAAGUGUCUGAAACUUCAGUUGGAGGAGUUGAGACAAAAACUUGAUGAUGCAAAUGGUGAUAUCAAGUUGUUACGGGAGCAGAUAGCCCGGCACAGAUUGGGAUGUGAAAAUGAAGGAAUGAUGGAGUCUAGGUUCAUUUCUUGUGAUGAAAGAGAGCAACUGAUCUCUAGGAUGGAAAAAGGUGCAUCUAAGAUGCAGCAACUGGAGCGUGACAUGCAGCAGUUGUUGGAUGAGAAGGAGGAGCUGGUGAUGGAGAGGGACCAGUUUAAAAACAAGUACAACAACCUCAACCUGCACCUCAACCUCAUUCUUCGGCCUGCUGGAUGCCAAAAUAAAAUCAUUGACAUCGAUGCUCUGCUCGCCGAGAACAAGUUCUUAAACGAAAAAAUGAAACAAAUGGAAGAAGAAAAAUUAUGUGCACUGGCUGCAGUCUCUAAAUAUAAAGGCAUAUUAGGCAAGAAAAGAAGUAAAGGUAACUUGGAGCUGGGUCAGGCGAGAGGCACUGGGCUGGUCAUUUCUCAGAAACAAGUGCACGAUUUGUUGACGACCAGCAACUUGACCAAUCAAACGCCGCAAAUGAUGCAGGACAUUCAUUCAUUGGCUAGUUCCCUGCUCGACUGCCUCAACGAUAAAUCGCUCGCCCUAUCACAUCAAAGGAAGACCAACAAAAUUCUGGGAGCAAGAGUGGAUGAAUUGGAAAAUAAAUUAAAAGAACUCGAAUUAAAAGAUUUCCAAACAAUCGCUGAAAAAUCGAGAAGUUUCAUUAAACUGAGAGAGGAAUGCCUGGAUGUAAGGAAUUCAUUUGCAAGUAGCAACAGACGUCAUGACGCCAUGGACACGACUGCCUCGCUUGAUGAUCACAUAUCAGACAUCAGACAUCCUCCAACUAAUGACAACAACACCGCUAGCACAAACAUUAACUGCAACAACGAUGGAACCAACUUCAGUGGCGGUAGUCAUGACGAGCUGAUCAGUUCCAGAUUGAUACUUAAUAGGCUUCGAAAUAUCUUCGUUGAAGAAACUGAUACAAAUAAUAAUACUUGAAUUGCUUCAACUCAACAUUAAUUUACAUAGUGUUAAUGAUUUUAGGGCUUGGUUAGUUUUCUUGUAUUUAACAUUAAUGUAAAAACAUUUUCCAGAGUCGGAUGAAAAAUGUUUGAUUCAGACAAAUGAUUUCAUUGCGAUAUCGAUGACGAUGAUUGUGACCUGACUGAUUAUAAAAACAACAAAUAAAAUUUAAUAAAU